UUUUACAUUUAGCUGUAUUCUUAAAACUAAGCAUGUGUUAUAAUGACUAUACAUUGAUUUUUACAUUUUAUUUUAGAGUACCCAAUUAUAUAUUUUACCACCGUUUUAUCCAUAGCUUUGACAGUCAGCUGAUCGCAGCAUCUAGGUACAGUACCAGAGAUUGAAUGAGUGAACUCCGUUCUCGCUGUCUGUAGCCAAUCGUUUCCUUGAAUCAGGAUGUUGCCACGCUAAUGAAAAGGACCCUAUCCCAUAUUUGUUAUAUAUUUUUUCAUCUCUAUAGUUACAACCGGCUCGUGGAGGCAGUUUCUACAGUUUUCUUUAUUUAAAACGGAGACUUGGCUCAACCUUCUCCUUGAGCAGUCGGGUUACUUUAAAUUAAAUCGGGUUCUAAGGGCCGCAGCAAUACUCUCUCCCAAAGGACCCUGCUGCCUCCCGAGUCUGACAAUGCCUACAUUCCUCCAAAAAGAAGUGAUCCGAAGGAGCUUACCUAUUUCAAUAGCAAAACCAAGACCAGACGGAUACAAUCAGAAGCUUCAUCGUGAUGACAGAGAGCAUGCUAAGAGUAGAGGGCUGAAUCUAAACAACGAGGAAAUAUCAAGACCUGUACCAGUUUUGUCAUCUUCAGAAUAUGGACGACACCUGUCUAACGCAGUAGACAAACCAGGUCGCAAAUGUGUUAGAGUUGGACUGGUGCGCUCUGAAUUCUACAGGAGAAAUGGAUUUGGUCAUUCCGUUGAAGAAGGUUAUGGAUCUGUCACACCUGCCUAAAACUUUGUGAAUGUAAUCAGCACACAGAGUAUUACUCCUAGAUUGAAAGGACUAUACCUUACUAAAUAAUAUAGAAACUAGAAUUUAAGCUUUUGAUAUUUUCUAGGAUUUUGUUUAGUAAAGAAAAAAAGACAUUUGAGGAUGUUAUGUUGUGUAUUUUAAUGAAUGCUGGUGGAACAAAACUGGGGAUGUAAAGAAAGAAAUAUACUAAGUUCCACUGAACCUCUGUUCAAGCAUAUAACAAUCUGCAUGGGAAAUAGUGAGAUAAACAGUAUAAUAUAUUGUCAGUACAGUAAUUAGGCUUGUAUUUUUGCAUUUAUUUUCAAACAGAUUUUCACUUCCGUUUCUGCAUUUGCCCACAAUUACCAUGGCUUUAAAUUUGUUUUGUUAUUAUUUAGCAACCAAGGGUUUUUGCAUUGGGCUGCAGUUUUUAGGAAAUUGCUUAAAUGUUUUAGCAGCUUGGUAUAUUUUAACAGUUCUAAACGUUAAACUUUGGUCCCAAAUGCAACAAAACCUAUUAAAUUCACCAGUUUCUAUAAUAUGUAGGAAAUAUUUAAUGUUCAAUUUCUGUUAUUUCUCUUUUCCAUUAUUUGAAGGUGAACUAAAAUAAAUAAAAUAAAUAUAAGAACCAAAGUUUGUGUGAAUUCAAUGAAACACAUUUAUAGAACAGUCUUAUGACAAAGAAAACUAGUGUUCCAAAAUUAUUAUGCACUGCACGUACUUAAAUAUGAUUCCUUAGUGUCAGUUUAUUAUAGUUUCUUUGCUUUCUUUGAACUGUUCUUUUUAAGAACCUUAAAGUAAUUUCCUGCUACUCCCCACAGAAGUACAAUACAGUUACUGUCGCUUCCAGAAAUCAAGAGUUAUCAGUAAUGCAUUUGAUUCUCCUGCAAAUAUUUAAUGUUAUUUGUAAAGGAGGGCUGGUAUCCCUGGUUUCACAGAUGUCACUGAUGAGAACCCAACCAACUUUCUUUAGUAUUAUUAAUUCAAUGUUAUUUUUUUUGCUUACCUUUCUGUAGUUUUUUCAUCAACCAAAUGCUUUCUGAAUUUCUAAUAGUUUUGUGUGUUAAGCAAACAAAGAGUUCAUAAAGCGGGAAAUACAUACAAACUUUUAAUGAAGUUUUACAAAACAAUGGCAU